UCUCUGCCUCCCUAUUUCACAAGUCCCAACCCCGAUCGAAACCAAAAGAGUCCUCAUCAUCCACCAUCCAUUCACAUCAAUCGCACUCAGACCGUCCGAUCUGAUCGUGUCUUUCAUCACCGUGCUCCCCUUCACCGGCGCCAAUGGCGCCCCCGCCCCACGAAGAGGACGAUGCUGAGGUCUCCUGCUCCAAGCUCUCCGACCGAGAGUUCUACACCAUACCCGCCUCCUCCAGUUGGUUCCAGUGGGAUGAGAUCCAUGAGACGGAGAGGAGAUCGAUUCCGGAGUUCUUUGAUGGUUCGUCAGUGUCGAAGAACCCUAGAGUUUACAAGGAGUACCGCGAUUUCAUCAUCAGCAAGUACCGUGAGGAGCCUUCCCGGCGGCUCACCUUCACUGAGGUUCGGAAAUCGCUGAUUGGGGAUGUAGGGGCGUUGCAUAGGGUUUUUUUAUUCUUGGAUGGAUGGGGUCUGAUCAAUUUUGGUGUGCCGGCGGUGGAGGCGAGAGAUGACGGAUGUACGGCGGUGACGGUUUCUUCGGUGGUGGAGGAAGGAGUUCCGGCUGGUUUGCGGAUUGUGCCGGCGUCAGCUGUUGCCGGGGGGACGCAGGGAUCAACCGCCGGUGGUGAGAGUGUGUUUAGACUGCCGCCAUUGACGUCGUAUACUGAUGCUUUUGGGGAUUGGGUACCGGGGAAGGGUCCGGUUUGCGGGGUUUGUGGAAAUCAUUGCCAGCACGGGCAGUAUGAAAAAACAAUGCAGGAUGGCUUUUUCAAGUGCCAAAAAUGCUCCCUGGAUAAUGGCAAUGGUGAAGGUAAAUCUGCUGACGGUUCAAAGACAAAUGAUCACAUGAAUGGGAAUGGUGACAUUGGGACCAGGUCAUGGACAGACGCUGAAACCCUUCUUCUUUUAGAAGCUGUAAUGAAGCACGGAGAUGACUGGAAUCUUAUAGCACAACACGUGAGAACUAAAAAUAAAAUUGACUGUAUUGCAAGGCUUGUACAACUUCCUUUUGGUGAGCAUAUAUUGGGUACUAUCAAUGGUAAGUGUGAAAUUAGAAAUUCUAGCAGUCAAGCAGCAAACAUUAGAACAAUCCACCAUGGCACUAUUGAAAAUUCUCAAGAGAUCAUGAGCACAGAGGAUAAACCUGACAUUCAGAAUGACGAGGAAAAGGUUGUGGAAGAGUCUUGUGCAGCGCCUCCUCUAAAGAAGAGACGUAAACAAUCAAUAAUUGAUGCUACAGAUUCACUUAUGCAAAAGGUGGCUAUCUUGUCUACAGCAGCUGGACCAGACGUCGCUGCAGCCGCUGCAGAUGCUGCUAUUUCAGCAUUACGCAAAGAGAAUCCUGAUGUAAUGAAUUUCUUUGCUGCUGAUCAGCAUGAAGCUACUGGCAAGUUUGCAUCAUAUGAAACCCAAAAUGAGCUUGGGAGUGAGCUUGUGAAUGAAGGCCAGGAUGUACAGAAGAAUAAAGCAGCAGAUACUUCGGAACCUGUUCCUGAAAAAUUUGCUGCUACAGCGUUUCGAGUCAGAGCUGCAGUUGCCACAGCCCUUGGGGCAAUUGCUGCACAUGCCAAGUUACUAGCUGAUCAAGAAGAGAGGGAAAUUGAACAUUUGAUGGCUUCUAUCAUUGAUAUGCAGCUGAAAAAGAUACAACACAAAAUGAAGCAUUUUGAGGAGCUGGAGUCCAUUAUGGAGAAGGAAUAUGCCAACAUACAACAGCAGAAGGAAUCCAUCCUUGAAGAAUGGAUCACGGUCCUUCAGGAAUCAGUCCGAGCCGGUAUACCAAGAUGGAGGGAUCAUGCCAUCCCCUGGUCCCUGCUGAACAGUGUUCUCUGAUCUAAUCCUGCCAACCUUGUUCUUAAAACUUCAGCUACAAGGUUGAGGUUUCUGACUGCUGCUAUGCUUGCUCACUUUCCUGCUGUCAAAGCCUCAACAACCCCCAUGUAAACUAACCCACAAUUUGUUCAAUACAAGUGUUAGAUGGUUUUGGUCUUCUUAACAAAUACAAAAUAUACAACAUGUUGAAGCAUUCUUGAUUUAUUUCUUUGAUUCUGGUGGAAUGGGAUGCUAACAAAUGUGUUUCUUUUC